AUGGAAGCGGCGCCAGUCGGAGGAGGUGACUCGUGGCAGUGGAGCGUGCCCGCCAGCGCCGCCAGCAGGAGGAGGCGCGCUACGAGCGGAGAGCAACAGCUCGACAGAGGCCGACAGGCAGGGGCCCGAACACGGUCAGUGGGCGCCUGGCCGGAGGCAGAAUACGGCAGGCAGGGGCCGAACACGGCUGUCCAGAGGGACCCCUUUGAGGAGCGCGCGGAGCGCGGCAAGGCCGAAGAGCCGAAGAAGACCGAUUCUUUCGACUAUGCGGCCGAGGAGUACGACUACGGCGCUUCUUGGGCCGACCAGCUGGAGAGCGAGGUGCAGUCGCAGCAAAAGGAGCCCGCUGCGAAGCCGGCCGAAAAGACGGAGCCGGUGGCCGAGGCAACGGCCAGCGACUGGCGCUGGGAGCGGUCCGAGCGGCGCGGCGGCGACGCCGAGAAGAGCUGGCGCCACGGCAAGCAGCGCGACCAGGACGGCGAGCGGACCGACGCUCACGGUGACAGGCGCGACGCGCACGAGAAACGCGUCCCACACGAGAAACGAGACGUCUAUGAGAAACUCGACUCACACGGGGACAGACGUAACAGCACGGAUAGACGUGACACCCACGGAGAUAGGCGGGAUGCCCAUGGAGAUCGACGAGAUGCCCAUGGAGAUCGACGGGAUACCCAUGGAGAUCGACGGGAUGCCCAUGGGGAUCGACGAGAUACCCAUGGGGAUCGACGGGAUACCCAUGGGGAUCGACGCAGCAGUCACGAGCGGCGCGACAACCACGAGCGGCGGGAGCAUCGCCAUCACGGGCCGACGCCACUCACCCGGGAGAAGCUGGAGGCAGCAGAGCGCGAACGGAACCCGAGCGCCGGCAUGACGGCGCUCAAACAGGCGCCCGUGAAGCUGCCGCUGACGCUGGCCGUCAAGGCGCCCGAGGAGGCUGCCGACGGCGACGACCGGCCAGCUUUGCCCGUCAAGAACGCCUGGGCAGCGCGCGAAGAGUCUCGCCUGUCUCCACCUAGUGCGGGCGCCGAGUCUGCCGCGUCGAGUGUCCCGACUCAGGCCCCGUCUGCGGCGGCGGCAGCGGCGACCGCAACCGCGACUGCGACUGCAACUGCGAUCACGACCACGACCACGAUCGCGCCAGCCGGCGACGCUGUCAAGGAGGGCUCGCCGGUCCCCAGGGCGCCCACUCCGGCGUCAAUGCCAAGCCAGGAUUCAACUUCGACUCCGGCGGCUCCAGCAGCAACCACCGCCACCACCGUUCCCGCCCCUGAGCUAACAGCUUCGGCUCUGGCUCCGGGUAGCGCCCCCGGAACGGCCUGCCGAGCGACGUGA